UCGUUCUCGUUUCGGAAACAACGGACCCCUCUCCCCAACCGGAGUUAAUUUCCUCAUCAUUUCCCUCUCCCAAGUCCCCCUUUACAUUUCUCAAUUCAAAUCGAAACCCUAAUUCUUGACAUUGGAUCUCGUUUUGGUAUCGAGAUGGAUGGGAACGGGAACGGGGACGGAGAGGAGAGCAGCGCUUUCGAGGUGGCGAUCGUAGUGCUGAAGAGAAGAGGGAAGGACGGAGAUGGUGGAGGUGGGGCCCGCGACGGAGUCGAGUUCUUGGUGAAGGAAUUGGAGAGGGCUGGAUUGGUUGUUGAGAGAGUGAAUGGGGUCUCGGGUGAGUUUCUUAAGUUGGCAGCACCAAUGAGGACUUUAGGGAGAGCUGCUGCUGACUUGCAAAUAAAAAAGUUGACCUACUUUGGGGUGGAUUUACCUUUCGACUGGGAUCAGGUCACAGCAUUUGUAAGGCAGCCAGAUGGUUCCUUGUUUAGCUGGUGUGAGCGAUUUAGCUGUUUCCGUCAUUUGAUAUACGGCAUUGUGAACAUAGCCCAAGCAGAUUUGACACUAUGGUUCGAUGGGAAACUGUUCCAGUAUGAAAGAAAUGAAUCACUUCUUAAAAGAAUGGAAAUGGAAGGGAUUGUUAAACAAGUGUUCCCCAUGCAUGAUGAACCGAAGAGGAAACAACUCAUCAGAAGUUGGGCCCUUAACUGGUUGGACUUCACAUGGCAGCCAAUUGAUGAAAUUUAUUCAUACUUUGGGACAAAGAUUGCUACAUAUUUUGCUUUCCUUGGAAUGUAUACGCGCUGGUUGUUUUUUCCAGCUGGCUUUGGACUUGCACUUCAAGUUAUAGAUUUCGGAUCAAUGCAGCUGGUUGUGCUUCCCGCUUUCUUCGUAUUCAUCAUAUCAUGGGCAGUAUUUUUCUUCCAGUUCUGGAAACGAAAAAAUUCGGCCCUUUUAGCCAGAUGGGGAAUAGAUGGUGAACUAAACUCGUUUGCCCAGCGCCAAGGAGAAUCCGAAAAGAAAUUAAACACUGACAGACCAAUGGAGAAAAAGAUGUUGCAAAGAGAUGAGUGGCUGGGACUUCUGCUAAAAAUAAGAAAUAAUGCCCUUAUAGUUGUGGCUAUUAUUUGUCUCCAGUUGCCAUUUGAAUUGGCUUAUGCUCACUUACACGAGAUUAUUGAAUCUGAUUUUUUAAAAUAUAUCUUAACAGCAGUUUACCUUCUGGCCAUUCAAUAUUACACAAAGAUUGGGGGGAAAGUGUCUGUUAUCCUUAUAAAAUACGAAAAAAAUCAGGGAGAGGAGUCUAGUGCUGACAGCUUGGUAUACAAGGUUUUUGGUCUUUAUUUUAUGCAAUCUUAUAUUGGGUUGUUUUAUCAUACCGUGUUGUACUGGAACUUGACUACUCUUCGCCAAGUUUUGAUCCAACGCCUUAUUGUUUCGCAGGUGCUGGAUAAUGUGGUGGAGAACUCCAUCCCUUACCUCAAGUACAGCUAUAAGAAAUAUAAAGCUGUUCACAAGAAAAAGCAUGAGAAAGGAUCAUCAGGGGGGAAGCCCAUACUGGCUACCAGAGUAGAGAAAGAGUACCUCAAACCUUCGUAUAGUGCAUCUAUAGGAGAGGACCUUGAAGAUGGUCUCUUUGAUGAUUUCUUGGAAUUAGCUCUGCAGUUUGGAAUGAUCAUGAUGUUUGCGUGUGCUUUCCCUCUGUUGUUCUGCUUUGCUGCUUUGAAUAACGUGACAGAAAUCAGGACAGAUGCACUGAAGCUGCUUGUCAUGUUGAAGAGACCAAUUCCUCGUGCAGCUGCAACAAUUGGAGCUUGGCUGAACAUAUUUCAGUUUCUAAUAGUGAUGGCAAUCUGCACCAACUCCAUACUCCUCAUUUGCUUGUAUGAUCAAGAGGGCAAGUGGAGGAUAGAACCGGGUCUGGCAGCAAUCCUCAUAAUGGAACAUCUUCUCCUCUUUAUUAAAUUUGGGUUCUCUCAUUUUGUUCCAGAGGAGCCUGCUUGGGUGAAGGCGAAUCGGGUGCGAAAUAUAGCACGGGAUGCAUAUUCGAAGCAACUAUUGAGGAGUAUCUCCAACUUGGAAUUGAAGAGGGAGUAAGUUUUGUGAAGGUUUUCCCAGUUUUGUACAAACAGAUGUUGCACUAACCAUAAG